AUGAGAUCCUCAGCAAGGAAUACGAGGAAACCUACAAUCAACUCUCAUCCAAUGUUGACCCGUUCGAAACUAAGAUACUGGAAGAGCCAGGAAAUACCGCAAGAUUUGGAUUUGCUACAUCAGAUUACUGAUGCAGAAGCUUUAGUAAAUGUCGAGGAAUCAGCCAGCGUGGAGACUGCUAUUGACAGUCUGGUGGCUGGAGGUGAUAAUGACAGUGCGACCUGCACAGAGAGGGUUGCGUUGAAACUAGAGUCAGACGAACACUUCGACUCUGAGGAGCUUGUCAAACAUGACACACGUCUGGCUGAAUGUGAUAAUGAGAGCGCUACCUGCACAGAGGAUCCUGUAAUCAAUGUCGAAGUGACCACUAUCAAACAAGAAUCAAAUGACGAGAUUUCUACCACAAAGCAAGAACCCAACGCUUCUUCAUUGUCAGGCGACGUGAUGAACGAGUUGAGACGAGAUCUGACAAGGCUCGUGUAUCUGCGUCGCGUCAUAAGUCAUCUCAAGGGUGUUAUGGAAAUGAGCAAUUGUCCUUGCGAUCCACGUGACUGCGUCGGUGCAAGGCAACGUGCACAGUCUGAAGGAACAUUAAAAAAAGGGUUGAUGCAACCUAUGUUCAAUCAUGGAAACGAGUUAAGUGUUACAGUGACAUAG